AUGGCAGGAAAAACCAAUGAAGAAGCUGAGCAGCAGCAAAAACAAACUGAAAAUGAUAACGCAGAACAAACCCAAAGCCAGGAGCUGGCCGAGCAGACAAACGCAUCGGAAACGAUCGAUCCGGAAUGUUUGAUCAAGCAUCCGUUGCAGCACACCUGGACGUUGUGGUAUCUGGAGGUGGACCGUUCGAAAUCCUGGACCGAUUCGAUGAACGAAGUAACCAGUUUCUCCACGGUGGAAGAUUUUUGGAGCCUUUACAAUCACAUCCGUGGGCCUUCAGAAAUCAAGGUGGGCGGUGACUACAUGCUGUUCAAAUCACACAUUCGUCCCAUGUGGGAAGACGAAUCGAACAAGCACGGUGGCAGAUGGACACUUAGCCUUAACAAACGCUUGUCCGACAAAUACUGGCUGGAUACGGUACUAUGCUUAAUCGGAGAAACGUUCGAACAUUCGGAUCAGAUCUGCGGUGCGAUUGUAAACGUUCGCCAAAAGAUUGAUAAAAUCUCUAUCUGGACUGCCAACUACGAGAAUCGCGUUGCGGUGAUGAACAUUGGCCAGACGUACAAGGACCGAUUAGGACUGCGCGAAAAUAUUCAUUAUCAGCUUCAUAAAGACACGAUGGUGAAAUCUUCGUCAUCCGGAACAAAAGCAACGUAUACCGUUUAG